AUGCUUACAUUUCGAACUCCGCUCAUCGCGAUCUUGUUGGCACUCGUGUCAACAAUCAUGUGCAAGCAAUAUCGGGUCUUGUGUACUGCUGGACUCGAAGUUUUUGAUGACCAAAAUUACUUAUGCAAAGCGUUUGACGACGGUGGUAGUAGAUCAACCUUCUCACGCUGGAAAUGUCCCAAAGUCCUCACACAGCAGGCAAAAGGAACUACUUGUUCGCCCGCACCACCUGACCCUAUGCAGCCAGUUAUGAUCCCUCAGGUCACCUGUCGGGAUGUCUAUACGUUCUGGUCAAACUCGGAGGUGGUCAACGGUAUCUCUUGUCGCACAACCGAGAGGGCCAUCGUGAGCUGUACUGACAUGCCCCAAGCGGCUGCGCUUCGAGAUUGUGAUCCUCUUUGA